AUGUCAUCAAACGCUAUCUCGGAAGCAACAGCUAGGAUCAAUAGCAUAACUCCGUUAGCAGAGGCAGUAUCCAACCCACAAAAAGAAACGAACAAUGGAAACAAAGAUGCGGAUCAAUCAGGUACAAACACCAAAAAUGAUGCAUCAAAAGGAAACGCAGACCCCACCCCACAUGACAACACAGAAUCAUCGGGAGCAAAGUACAACAAGCAAAGCUUGAUCUCUAGUUACCUCGGAAGAGGACAAGAUAAAAAUCCAAAUGCACCAAAGGAUCAAAUGACAAACCAGUCAAAGAGCCCAAAUAGAGAACAAGACGAGACCCCGCAAGGAGCAAAAACAAACGACAAGGACUUGCCAAAGGAAAAAGAAACCGGGGAAAAAGCAAAAGACAGCCCCUCCGUCCCCGACAAAGACGCUAUGAGAGAAGCUAUCUUAAAAAUGAAUAAAGAAUAUUGCGAAUUCUUUGGAGCGACUACGGUGUUACCAAAAAUCCAGAAACUAUCGGCUCAAAUGAAUGAAGAGCAAAGAAAGAAGAAGCUCCAAGAAGUACAAGCUAGAUUGGAUGAGAUUAAAGAGUUAGAAAAGAAAUCUCAACAGAUCAUUGAUUUAACUUUCACUGAAGACUCACCAAUACCAGAUCUGAACAAUCACACAAUCAUCAUCCCUCCAAGAACUAUUGUAUCAGAAGGAGGUCUAAAAUUCGAUUCAGGAAAAACACCAGACGCGAACUCUUUCACCCUUCCCCUGUUCUUUCAUAAAAAUAUGCAGCUAUUGCAAGGUUCAUUACCACUAACCAUAUUCAACAAGGACUGGCAACAAGCCGCGUCAGAUAACCACACAGACUACAAAAAAUCCAAUAAAGAGAUCGAAAAGUACAGAGGUCACCCCUUCCCAGGUGAAUGGUCUCAAUCACGUUUCGAGUGGGGAGAAAACUUCGAUACUUUUGUCGAAACAUGCAGAAAAGUCUACAAGUACAACGCCUUUGCAAACGAUUUAGAAACUCACCGCAAAAAAGUCAUAAAGAUUUUCAAGGAUCAACGCUCCUGGGUCGUAGCUUUCCGCUAUGAUCUAACCAUCCGGAAAGCGACGUUUGCAAUCAGAAAUCCAAACGAAAGUGUGCCAAACCCGGCCCUUGAACCAAUUGGCCUGGUAGAAGAGAUCUAUUGUUCAGCUAGAGAACAAGGAGAUUUAAAUCUAGACGACAACCCGUAUAGGAAAGGAGGACCAAAGACAGGUAGAAACCCGUAUUCCGACAUCAAUACAACUCAAGCUAGCUCAGUAGCAGGACCUUCACGAACAACUUACGAAAAACCCCAGUCGAAAAACACAAGCCCUUACGGCAACUACAAAGGAAAAAAUUUCAACCCCAACUAUAAAAGACCAGAAGGAGUCAAAUCGGAAGGAUACAAGGGAAAAGGAAAAGAGAGAGAAAAGAAAAUGUAG